CUGUGAUCAUGUUUGGAAUGGUUUGGAAUGGUAAUAACCCACAAACUGAAGUGAGGACGUUUCCGUUGACUAAACAAGAAAUAAGACAGAGGUCUGGGCUUCACUUCCUUUGUGUAAACCACGCCUUUAAACAAAGUCAGUUGGAGGAUAUAAACCACACUGCUUAUUUCACCGCAAGAUCAACCAAAACAUCACCUCUUUAAUGUUGUUCACGCACAGAUUCUCCAGCAUGCCGGUCAUCCUCGGGUAGGUCCCAAAUGGACAUGAGUAUUCCCAUCCCCUCCGUGCUCUUUGGACUGGGGGGGAAAUGCGUCCUGAAUUGGGCUCUGGUCUUCUUCCAAAAGAAUCACAUCUUGAGGAGUUUUCUUUGCAUUUUUAGCCUCUCCGUGUCUGUUGUAGACACCAUUUUAACUCUUUUUGUAACUGUCAUACACCUACUUCAAGACUUCAGUGUCCUGAGCUGGAGACUGACCCAGUACCACGUGUGCUUGCUGGUUCAAGUCCUUGGAUACAUCUACAGCGCUCAGCAUUUUUUCAUCCUUGUUUUGACAUUAUUAGAAAAUCUCUAUGUAGUUUUGAGAAGAUCGCAAAACGUCAUGUGGACGCCAACGUGGAUAUUUCAUUUAUUUUUAACACUAAUAGUUUGGCUUUGCUCUACGUUAUAUGUUUUCAAGGUUUCAAACAUCUACCCUUUUUUGGAAGAUGCAGCCCCUUUUCAAACUAAUAAUUGUUGGGUAUCAAGUUCAUCUGUCAUAUCUGAAGUUGCAACUUUUGUAUUUUAUUUACUUAUUUGCUUCAUAGUGUGGCAUUCACUUAAACAUGGCAUACAACAUAGUAAAAAUCUAAACUCUCUCAUAACUAUUAAACCCCAGAUUCUGACAAGGUUGAGCUUUAUUUCCAAAGUUGUGUGGAUAUUUUUGGGCACGUGGUCACUUUUCCUAAUAUUCUUAGUCCUCCAUGUAGUUUUGCUAGUGGAGAUGCCAUCGUACCUGGGUCUGAAUUGCGCCUGGUUUUGCUUCAUAAACAGUCUUUUAAUAGCACUGGCGUUAUGUAUAGUUUAUCCAAGCUCUGAGUUAGCGCAGGGCUUGGCAGCAGUUCCUCCUGAUAGCUUCUGCAAGUGGAAGAGAAGGUUCAGAUCCAGAACAGACAUAGCAUAA